AUGGGCAACGGCGCCAAAGCUCAGCAGAAGCGUGAACGCAACGCAAAGGACAAAGGAGUUGCCAAGUCUCAGCUCAAAGUCAACCAGCAGGCCAUGGACAUCCAGUGCCAGAUCUGCAAGUCGACAUUCCUGAAAACCACAAAGGCCCCUGCUCUUCUGGAGCACGCCCAAAACAAGCACAGCAAGGGCCUGACCGACUGCUUCCCCACGUUCGCCGCAGCUUCAUAA